ACACAGUACAGGAGGAAACUUCGGAAAAUAGUGUUCGUGCUGCUCGUGUUUCAGACGUGAGCUACUGCACUAUGGCGAAUGUCCAGAAUCUUCCCAUAGAUAUACAGACGAGCAAACUGCUCGACUGGCUGGUGGACCGACGGCACUGUAACCUCAAGUGGCAGAGUGCUGUGAAGGUCAUCCGAGAGAAGAUCAAUAGUGCCAUACGGGACAUGCCGGAGAACGAGGAGAUCAAGCAUCUUCUCUCUGGAUCCUACAUUCAUUACUUCCACUGCCUGCGCAUCGUCGAAAUUCUUAAGGGAACAGAGGCCUCUUCCAAAAAUAUAUUUGGCAGAUAUUCGUCUCAGAGAAUGAAGGACUGGCAGGAAAUAGUGUCCCUGUAUGAAAAAGACAACACCUACCUGGCGGAGCUCUCCAGCCUCCUGGUACGUAAUGUCAGCUACGAGGGGCCUGCACUGCGCAAGCAGGUGGCCAAGAUGCAGCAGCUGCAGCAUGAGCUGAGCCGGCGGGAGCUGGAGUGUCAGAGCGCCGCAGCCGACAUGAGGGAGAGAUUCUACAGCUCCUGUAAACAGUACGGCAUCACGGGGGAGAACGUGGCUCGAGAGCUGCAGGCCCUGGUCAAGGAGCUGCCCACAGUGCUGGAGGAGGUGGGCAGGAAGGCGUCUGCUCUGGACAAGCCCAUCGAGCUGUACAGCGCUUUCACACAGUUCGUCUGUGCCUGGUCUGAGCCUGUGCUGCCCAUGCUGAUGUUCGUCCAGCGCAGGGGCAACACGACCAUGUACGAGUGGAGGACGGGAACAGCGCCAUCAUUAAUCGAGAGGCCUGUGGAGGAUGAGGCUCCACUCGACAUGGUCACAGGGGAGUCGAUUGACUGGGGGGUGCUGGACAGCGCCAAGGGAGACGACACCGGGCAUACUGUGGAGUUCGGAGCGUCUGCGGAGGACGGUGUCGACUGGGGCAUAACCCUGGAGCCCAGUGCAGAGAGCGGCUCAGACGCCAUUGACUGGGGAGAGAUGGACGCCGCCCCGCUGGACAUUGAGGUUUUGGACACGGGCACUGACUGCCCAGAGGGAGUGGCCCGGGGGGAGGAUGCCCUGACUCUGCUGGAGACCCCAGCAACACGCAACCAGUUCAUCAACGAGCUCAUGGAGCUGGAGCUGUUUCUGUGCCAGCGGCUCAGCGAGAUGGCCGAGGAGGGCAACGUGGUGGCCAUGAGCCAGUUCCAGCUGGCGCCCUCGGUGAUCCAGGCCCAGACGACGGGGCGUGUGCAGGGCAUGCUGGGAGAGGUGCGCGCCCUGCUGGAGCAGCUGACAUCCGUGCGCAUGCAGCACCUCUUCAUGAUCCAGGCGUCCCCACGGUACGUGGAGCGAGUGUCGGAGACCCUGCAGCACAAGCUGAAGCAGGCCGACAUCCUGCUGCUGAAGCGCGCGGCGCUGGAGGAGCGCAGGCAGGAGGCGCUGCAGGAACAGGCCAGAUUGGAGCCUCGCGUGGACCUGCUGGCUGAGCGCACGCGACACCUCCAGACACUGAUUGAAGCUGACAUCUCCAAGCGCUACAGCAACAGACCCGUCAACCUGAUGGGUGUCAACGUGUGAGCGCCGGGAUCCCCACCGUGCCGAGCCGCCAAUAAAUUAUUUUCACGUACACACGUUGUGGGAUGUACUCAUUUGAUUAGCUCUUUUAUUUCCCCUGGCCGCCAUUCAGCGGAAAUCACAAUUUAAAGAGGCUCCCCUCGAAGAUGCCCGUGUUCUUUAUGAAACGCAUUAAAUUAGUAAUAUGAGCUGUCAUGUUAAACUGACAGCUGAUACUGGGAACACAGCAAGCACUAAAGAUAAAAUUCAGUUAAGACGUUUCUUGCAGAGUGCAGGAUGUGCACUUACUAACAGACAACUCCUAAGGACAGAGGUGUGUGUAAGUGUAAACAAAGGUAAGGUGUUCAAGGAUCAAUGCAUGCCCUAAGCGGCCGCAAAAGGUUACAAGGGCCAUGUUUUUUUUUUUUUCUUCCAAAAAAUAUCAGCCAUUGCUCAGUGUUAGUGUUGUAGGAACUCACACAUUUCUUCUUCUGUUGUACACCUGUGACUAUACACACUGAGUGAUUUUCAACAUUUUCAAAGAUGCAAACCUUUCUAGUUUAUUUUUGACUUGAUUGCAUUUCCUUCAUCGCUGUGUUUUCUGAAAUUUCUCUGUUGCGCUGUGCAAGUUACCUGCAUUUCUAUGUCCCACCAUUGGUUGGUAGCAAAACACACUGUUUAGAAAUAAGAUAGACCUGACGGUCAGCCUUCACUGAACUCACUCCCAGUGUUCAAAGCUCAGAUUAAGUUAUAAUUAUGAAAU